AUGACUUUAACAAACUUUUCCAUAGCAGAAAUUCUGAAACCAGAUUUUGGUGACAAUAACCGUCGUGUACCUAGAAUACCAGUUUCAUCAAGUAGGCCUUCAGAAACAUCUAAAAAGGAACAGUUACCGAGUCCGGAUUCUAAUUCCGAAGAAAAAAAGAAUUUGUGGCCAGCUUGGGUUUAUUGUACCCGAUAUUCAGAUAGACCGACAUCAGGGCCAAGAGCUCGCCAUGUCAGAAGAAAAAGAAACAGUUCAGAAAGUUCGGAGGACAAACGACCGAGAGUUGCCUUCACAAAUGAACAAUUAGAAAAACUGAAAGUAGAAUUUGAGGAAUGUCGUUAUUUGACAGAAGCUCGGCGACGAGAUUUGGCGAUUCGCCUUCACCUAUCAGAGUCUCAAAUCAAAAUCUGGUUCCAAAAUAAACGGGCGAAACUGAAGAAAUCAUCAAGUAGUGAAAAUCCUCUGGCACAAUGCUUAAGAAAUCAAGGUCUCUAUAACCAUGCACCACUAAGUGAUUGA